AUGAGCACAAAGUCGAAGCUUCUAGGAGGCAUAAACAUUGCCAAGGUGCUGGCAGCAGAGACGCCUCUGGUUGCGAAACGACCACCUAGUGUGCCGUCCGCACAGAAGACAUCACCCAUUGACGGGUCUUACCUAACGGCCCAUUUCAACAACUUCAAGAUUUCGCCUAAAGAUGCCUCCAGAGCUAAAAAUUUCUUCAACUCAGCCCAUGUAGAACUUGAGUGGUCCAUCUACGAUUAUCUGAAACUACCUGGAGAGACCGAGAAACACGAAUAUGAGAAGCUGUUAAGAUCGCGGCCGACGGAAAUGGAUGCUGAAGAAACUGAGAAACUCGAGGCUGAAGUUGCUGAAAUGAAGGCAAAGAUGGUCAAGGCUCGCAAUGAUACUGUGCUGUCUGAAGUUAUGUUAUUGGGGAGGUGUAAUGUCGGAAAGUCGUCGCUUUUGAAUGCCCUGCUAUCGCCCUCUCAACUAAAGACACCCGAAUCAUAUGCGCGUGUCAGGGAUUACGCGGGAUACACACCAUGCUUAAAUUUUUACAACAUCGGCAACGUUCUGAGAAUUGUAGAUUCUCCUGGAUACGGAAAGAAGGGCCAGGCAUGGCAGGGCGAGCUGUGCUUCCGGUAUCUGGAGAGACGGAAGGAGAUGAGACGGUGCUAUCUAUUGAUGAAUCCACUGGAAGGGAUGAAUCAAUACGACCAAGCCAUCUUGGAGCAAUUGAAUUUGAAAGGUAUCACAUACGAUAUAGUUUUCACUAAGAUCGACCGAAUUCGCACCGCGGAAAGGGUUAAAGAGAUUCAAGAACUUCUGGAUUUCGAGCCUACCCGCGAACUGCUGACGGUGAAACCGAGAUUCUAUUUUGUGAACUCGGAGACCGGAAAAGGUGGUUUGAACACUCGGACAGGAUUUGAGGAACUACGCUAUGGAAUGUUGGAGAGUUGUGGUCUUGGUUCUGGAGUGAAACCCAAGAGACUGAGAGGUGUUUAUGAUAAGAAGAUGGAGGCUCAAAAACAGGCUCGAAAGAUGAAGGAUAAGGAAAAGGAAAAGAAGGAGAGACAGUGA